CCUUGGGAAGCCCCUACCCCCCAUUGAAGUUGACAUUUAAAAUAGUUAAGGUAAGGGCAAGGGUUAGGUAAGGUUUAUGGUUAAUGUUAAGGUUUACGAUAUGGACGUCCCAAGGAUCCUUUAUUGCACUGACCGAUCCUAGAGUGGAGUGCAAGCGAAAGACGAGAGAGAGAAUGAAAAAAACUGCGUAGCGAACAGUUAGAAAGAGACGGGAGAGGUUCAUUUUCUGGGUCGUGCGUACGUUGCGGAGCUUUCCCUUACUUUUAUGCAAAAAGACAACUCAAUUGAUCGUCCUGACAAGGUUUGGGGUGCUCCUCUUCAUAAUAUCCUGCUAUUACAUGGUAGCAAAGACCUGAAGACAAGAGGGUGUGUAAGAUGGCAGUGUGGAUCCAGGCCCAGCAGCUCCAGGGGGAUGCGCUGCACCAGAUGCAGUCUCUCUAUGGACAGCACUUCCCCAUUGAGGUGCGCCAUUACCUGUCCCAGUGGCUCGAGGGCCAACUCUGGGAUGUGAUCGAUCUGGAGAACCCUCAGGAGGAGUUUAAGGCCAAGCGUCUGCUGGACAGCCUGAUCCAGGAGCUGCAGAACAAGGCUGAGCAUCAGGUGGGAGAGGACGGCUUCCUGCUCAAGAUCAAACUGGGACACUACGCCAGCCAGCUCAAGAGCACGUAUGACCGCUGCCCUCUGGAGCUGGUGAGAUGCAUCAAACACAUCCUGUACACGGAGCAGAGGCUAGUCCGAGAGGCCUCUAAUUCGAGCUCCCCAGUGGGAGGGAUGAUGGACAGCAUGUCCCAGAAGUACCAGCAGAUCAACCAGGUAUUCGAGGAGCUGCGCUUGCUGACCCAGGACACAGAGAACGACCUGAGAAAGCUCCAGCACAACCAGGAGUACUUCAUCAUCCAGUACCAGGAGAGCCUCCGCAUCCAGGCCCAGUUGACCAGCCUGGCCACACUGCCCCCUGCUGACAGACAGCUGAGGGAGCCCACAUUACUGAGCAAGAGAGCCACCGUGGAGGCCUGGCUCACCCGGGAGGCCAACACACUACAGAAAUACAGACUGGACCUGGCAGAGAAGCACCAGAAGAGCCUGCAGCUACUGAGGAAGCAGCAGACCAUUAUCCUGGAUGACGAGCUGAUCCACUGGAAGAGACGGCAACAGCUGGCCGGCAACGGGGGUCCUCCAGAGGGGGGGCUGGACAUCCUGCAGUCCUGGUGUGAGAAGUUGGCAGAGACGAUCUGGCAGAACAGGCAGCAGAUCAGGAGAGCAGAACACCUGAGACAACAGCUUCCCAUCCCCGGCCCCAUCGAGGAACUACUGAACGACCUCAACAGCACCAUCACAGACAUCAUCUCAGCACUGGUCACCAGCACCUUUAUCAUAGAGAAGCAGCCUCCCCAGGUGCUGAAAACCCAGACCAAGUUUGUCGCCACAGUGCGUCUCCUAGUGGGCGGAAAGCUCAAUGUGCACAUGAACCCCCCGCAGGUCAAGGCCACCAUCAUCAGUGAACAGCAGGCGAAGGCCUUGCUCAAGAACGAGAACACCAGGAAUGACAGCAGUGGAGAGAUCCUUAACAACAACUGUGUGAUGGAGUACCACCAGGCCACAGGAACACUCAGCGCCAACUUCAGGAACAUGUCUUUGAAGAGGAUCAAGCGCUCGGACCGGCGAGGGGCGGAGUCUGUGACAGAGGAGAAGUUUACCAUUCUGUUUGAGUCUCAGUUCAGCGUCGGGGGUAAUGAGCUGGUCUUUCAGGUUAAGACGUUAUCACUUCCCGUGGUGGUGAUCGUCCACGGUAGCCAAGACAAUAACGCCACGGCAACAGUGCUGUGGGACAACGCUUUUGCCGAACCCGGUCGGGUGCCCUUCAUAGUGCCUGACAAGGUGCUGUGGCCCCAGCUGUGUGAGGCCCUCAACAUGAAGUACAAGGCGGAGGUGCAGAGUAACCGUGGCCUCUCAGAGGAGAACCUGGUCUUCCUGGCCCAGAAAGCCUUCAGUAGCUCCAGCAUCAACCCUGACGACUACCGCGGCAUGACCAUGACCUGGUCCCAGUUCAACAGGGAGAGUCUGCCUGGCAGGAAUUUCACAUUCUGGCAGUGGUUUGAUGGGGUCAUGGAACUCACAAAAAAACAUCUCAAACCACACUGGAAUGAUGGGGCGAUCCUGGGAUUUGUGAACAAGCAGCAGGCCCAGGACAUGUUGAUGUCCAAACCCAACGGGACCUUCCUGCUCCGCUUCAGCGACUCUGAGAUCGGAGGGAUCACUAUCGCCUGGGUGGCUGAGAAUCCCAACAAACCAGGGGAGAGGAUGGUGUGGAACCUCAUGCCCUACACAGCCAAAGACUUCUCCAUCCGCUCUCUGGCUGACCGCAUCAGUGACCUCAACCACCUCCUGUUCCUCUACCCAGACAGACCCAAGGAUGAGGUCUUCUCCAAAUACUACACGCCACCCCUGUCCAAAGCAGUGGAUGGAUACGUGAAACCGCAGAUCAAACAAGUGGUACCAGAGUUCACCACAACCAAUCCUGACCCAGCAGCAAACCCCACCUACAUGGAUCACGGAGCCUCCCCUGUUGUCAGUCACCCUCCAAACUAUGGCAUAUACCCGCCUAUGAGUGACUCCAUGUUAGAUGCUGACGGUGACUUUGACCUGGAUGACACCAUGGACGUGGCGCGACACGUCGAGGAGCUGCUGCGGCGACCGAUGGAGAGCCAAUGGAGCGGCCAGCAGUCGUGACCCUCAAUCUCUGACCCCUGACACCAACAAAAGAACCCCGCACCUUUUGACAUUUCUGAUGGUUUAAUUCCAUUCCUUUCCUCCUGUUUUAUUUCAGAUAGCUAUAAUGUGAAAUGUUAAUAAUGUUUGUGUUUUUUCUUUUUUUCUUCUCAGCAAGCGAACUGCAUGUCAGUGACCUUUUUUCAGUUUGUCUCCGUGCGUAUCUGUAAAACAGACUAGGUAUAAAUGCAAAAAAACACGAUGUUACAGUAUUGUAGAAAAAAAUAAUCAUUCAAUACACGUAUGUAUUUUCAUUUGGUCAAAAUUCUAACACAGAUUUUUGAAGAGCACUCUCCACAACCGGUAUGAAGUCAUUUAAGCAGUUUGUUUAAAUGUUUUUGUUUUUGUUUAGUUAUUUUAUUGUUGUAAAUGGUUUUAUCAACAGAGUUUUUUAAUUCAAUCCGCCCUCUGCCAAAAAAGAGAAAAACUUAAAUGAAGAAUUUGUUGUUGUUAUUGACAACGUCAUCGGAUUUGUUGCUACGGGAAGUUUCAAUUAGUAGUAUAAUAAUUCUGAAUCUUUACACACUAAACUCCAAGCAGAAUGGCUCUCAUUUCAUUCUCAGAGCACACUGAGUAUCUAUGUCACACACACACACACGCACACAAGGAUGCAUCACACACACGCACACACUGUUGCAUAACAUACAUCAGCUCCAGCUGAAACUUGGGGACUUUGGGCCCCCUCUACACUCACAGGGAUAUUUCAGUUUCCUUUAUUUGCACACAGAUGUAAUGUAAAUACAAGCAUGUAUCCAGCAUGGCCACUCAGGUCUCUGGACAGCCCAUAGAGAUAGAUAGAGGACUCAUCAUUUAUAUAACCUGUUUCUAACAUGGCCAUUGCCAUUGAGGUCUUCCACCAUUUUAAAGUUGUAAACUGUGGGGGGUUCCUAUGGUUUGGGAGCAAUCAGCCAAUGAAGAAGAAUAACAUGUACUACUUUAGUACCUCAACGGUCCUGCCUAUACUGUCACACAGACGCUUUAAUGGCACAGAUACAGAGAUGAGUCCUCUAUCUAUCUCACCUCCAUACCCCUGUAGAUGAUGUAUGUGCCAUCAACCUUACCUCUAUCCCUACUAUCCCUUUAAAGCAACCCGCUACACUUUCCUCUGACUCUAAUCUGUUUGUCCUACCCCUGUCCUCUCUGUCUGUCUGUCUGUCUGUCAGUCUGUCUGUCUGUCUGUCUGUCUGUCUGGCUGGCUGGCUGGCUGUCUGUCUGUCCGGUGUUUUAAACAACUCAUUUGGUCAUGUCUUGUUAUUAGUUGUGACGUCUAGUGUUGACAAUCUACACUGCUCAAAAAAAUAAAGGGAACACUUAAACAACACAAUGUAACUCCAAGUCAAUCACACUUCUGUGAAAUCAAACUGUCCGCUUAGGAAGCAACACUGAUUGACAAUACAUUUCACAUGCUGUUGUGCAAAUGGAAUAGACAACAGGUGGAAAUUAUAGGCAAUUAGCAAGACACCCCCAAUAAAAGAGUGGUUCUGCAGGUGAUAACCACAGACCACUUCUCAGUUCCUAUGCUUCCUGGCUGAUGUUUUGGUCACUUUUGAAUGCUGGCGGUGCUUUCACUCUAGUGGUAGCAUGAGACGAAGUCUACAACCCACACAAGUGGCUUAGGUAGUGCUGUGGCAAGAAUGUUUGCUGUGUCUGCCAGCGUAGUGUCCAGAGCAUGGAGACGCUACCAGGAGACAGGCCAGUACAUCAGGAAACGUGGAGGAGGCCGUAGGAGGGCAACAACCCAGCAGCAGGACCACUACCUCCGCCUUUGUGCAAGGAGGAGCAGGAGGAGCACUGCCAGAGCCCUGCAAAAUGAUCUCCAGCAGGCCACAAAUGUGCAUGUGUCUGCUCAAACGGUCAGAAACAGACUCCAUGUGGGUGGUAUGAGGGCCCGAUGCCCACAGGUGGGGGUUGUGCUUACAGCCCAACACCGUGCAGGACGUUUGGCAUUUGCCAGAGAACACCAAGAUUGGCAAAUUCGCCACUGGUGCCCUGUGCUCUUCACAGAUGAAAGCAGGUUCACACUGAGCACAUGUGACAGUCUGGAGACGCCAUGGAGAACAUUCUGCUGCCUGCAACAUCCUCCAGCAUGAACGGUUUGGCGGUGGGUCAGUCAUGGUGUGGGGUGGCAUUUCUUUGGGGGGUCGCACAGCCCUCCAUGUGCUCGCCAGAGGUAGCCUGACUGCCAUUCGGUACCGAGAUGAAAUCCUCAGACCCCUUGUGAGACCAUAUGCUGGUGCGGUUGGCCCUGGGUUCCUCCUAAUGCAAGACAAUGCUAGACCUCAUGUGGCUGGAGUGUGUCAGCAAUUCCUGCAAGAGGAAGGCAUUGAUGCUAUGGACUGGCCCGCCCGUUCCCCAGACCUGAAUCCAAUUUAGCACAUCUGGGACAUCAUGUCUCGCUCCAUCCACCAACGCCACGUUGCACCACAGACUGUCCAGGAGUUGGAGGAUGCUUUAGUCCAGGUCUGGGAGGAGAUCCCUCAGGAGACCAUCCGCCAUCUCAUCAGGAGCAUGCCCAGGCAUUGUAGGGAGGUCAUACAGUCACGUGGAGGCCACACACACACUACUGAGCCUCAUUUUGACUUGUUUUAAGGACAUUACAUCAAAGUUGGAUCAGCCUGUAGUGUGGUUUUCCACUUUAAUUUUGAGUGAGACUCCAAAUCCAGACCUCCAUGGGUUGAUACAUUUGAUUUCCAUUGAUCAUUUUUGUGUGAUUUUGUUGUCAGCACAUUCAACUAUGUAAAGAAAAAAGUAUUUAAUAAGAAUAUUUCAUUAAUUCAGAUCUAGGAUGUGUUAUUUUAGUGUUCCCUUUAUUUUUUUGAGCAGUGUAUUUGGGGAGCUGUUUGGAUGUGUGUAGGGGAACUGAGGUCACUGGGGUGUGUGUGGAGGUUGGGGUUUAGUUGGGAGAUCUGAAGGAAAGUUCAUUGCUAGGACUGAUGGUAGAAGAGUCUCUAUACUGGGUCCUUAUUGGCUUAGUAUAGUGCAUCUGCUGAAGUACACUAACUACUCAAUCCAUAGACCUGAGAUGACUAGUGGAGAUCUAAUUCAACUAAUUUUACCAUGGGGCAGAGAUGCAUGUUUUGAACAUUUAAUGCUAAUGCCCUGCAAUGCUACCAGUUUUGCCAUGGGGUAGAGAUACAUUUUUGCAGUUCUAAAGCAAAUUUCCUGUAAUUCCACACAUUUUGCCAUUACUUAUGUCAUGUUAAUGAUAUCUGAGUGAGUGUGACUAGCUCGACUAACUAUCUGUUAGCGGACAUGGCUAAUGAAGUGACUGUCAGUGACAAAACAGGAGAAAAACUGCUGAUGCACAACCACAUUUCGAACCUUCACCUUCUAACUUUCAACAGUAAAUUUAGACCCCAACUGAGUUUUUUUUUUUUUUAAACGGCCCGGGCCCUAAGCGACCGCUUAUAUCGCUAAUGUCUGGAGCCAGCCGUGAUGGUACUCCUGUCUGUCUGCCUCAGUCUGUUUUCUCUCUCUGUCUAUCUCUGUCAGUAAGCCUGUCUCCUGUUUGCUGUUAUUACUGGUCACUGUUACUAAGUCUGCAUGUGCAUGUCUGUCUCUGUGUGAUAUAACAUAAAACAUCAACUGACAACCUAAGGAACAGAUAUAUAGCUAUGUGUGCAGACAAUAUGAGGCGCUUGAACACUUGACUCAUCAGUCCUGAGCAUGAAGGCCAUUGCUACCUUAAAAUGUGGGAUAUUUUGGCACUGGCUCACUCCCUGUCUUUCAGCCAAGAUGUUGUAGUGGGCUGUCUCCAUAUACUCCCAGCAGGAUUAGUCUAGUACACUUUUACACAUAGUACACUUUAGCUACCGCAGUUUAAUAAAGCAUUUAACGAUAGAUCCACCUGUUGCCGUGGCUUCGCUGUUCACCCCCACACUCCCCCCACAUACACACACACAAACUUCUGAACCAUUGGGCAAUAUCAUGAUGACAACAACACCACACAACCCCCACAGUCAUAUUACACACACACACACACACACACACAACCCAUCCCCUCUACUCAUAAGCUCUGCCCUCUCAGGAAUGAAGCCCUAUGCUUGGUUGAUGUAUCAUAAAAAUGAAAAAAAGACAAAUAGAUUCUCUGUCUAUUAGUGGAGGCUGGUGGAGCUAUAGGAGGAUGGGCUCAUUGUAAUGGCUGAAACGGAAUCAAUGGAACUGUAUCAAAACACAUAGAACAUAUGGAAACCACAUGUUUGACACCGUUCCAUUCCAGCCAUUACAAUAAGCCCAUCCUCCUAUAGCUCCUCCCACCCGCCUCAUCUGCUACCUAUAUAACGCAUAUAUGAAUUUAUUUUCUGUACCAUAAUUCUAUUUUAUUACAGUAUACUGUACGUCUGUGGCAUGCCCCUCUGAAUGUAAUCCCCUUGCAUGACCUGAGGAGGGUGUACGUAUAACAUUCAUCAGAAGUUUCUGAAAAAAGCCAUAUUGCAAACGGGAUUCAGAAGAAUGUUGCUUUUGUGUUUGUCCAGCUGACAUUAUUUAGUCUUUUCGUUAUCUUUGUUUCUUUCAUUUUCCCGGGUCAAAGCAGCUAGUUUUUUUCUUUGUAGUUCUUGAUUUCACUGAUGUUUUUUGAAGAGUCAAAGCUACAUGGGAAUUCUUGUGACGUGUCCUUUUUGUUGUUGUUACAUUGUUCUGAUCAUUUCAAACUUGGAUCUUUGCUUCACCUUAGUUAAUCUAUGUACUCUGGAAGCUGUGUAUGAGUUCCGUGUUCUGUUCAGUGUUAGUUCCACGUUUGUGGUUGGGUUUUAGCACUUCGGUUGUGUUCCAAAAAAAAUGCAAUUGAAGAAAAAAGUUUUAUAAAUAAUUUCAACAGCAACAUGUAUAAUGAAAAAUAAGUUGUGACUGAAUAAAUGUAAUGGUUUAUUUGUUCACA